AUGAACAAUCUAGGUUGCUGGGGAACUGAGGAUGAUCUUGGACAGUGUAACUUUUCUCCCUGGGGACUUAAUAAUUGUUCUCAUCAACAGGAUGUUGGUAUAGCUUGUGGUAUCAGUGUACGAUUAAUUGGAGGAGCUUCCUAUAACGAAGGGAGAGUAGAAAUUCACCAUGCAAACGAAUGGGGAACUAUUUGCGAAACAAAUUUCUCAAAGAAUGAAGGAAUGGUUGUCUGUCGUAUGCUGGGCCUAGACACUGACGAUGCAGUCAUGUAUCCACAUGCUCAAUAUGGACCCGGAACAGGGAAGAUAUUUUUCACCAACCUCCAUUGUGCUGGAACAGAAAAAGACUUAGAAAACUGCAAAUAUUCUUCCUGGGAUAACUCACAAUGCACUCAUAACAAUGAUAUGUCAAUAGAUUGUGCUACUCCUGUACGACUGCUUGGUGGACGAGGUCCAUUUGAAGGUACUGUAGAAUUGUAUCAUUUAGGAAAAUGGGGGGAAGUUUGUGAUACCAACUUUGACGUUAAAGAUGCUGAAGUUAUUUGCAGAAUGCUAGGUUAUACAGCCGGAAUACCACGAUUGCUGAACAGUACUGACAGUGGAACAGGAUUAGUUUGGAUUGAUAAUCUGCAUUGUAAUGGGGAUGAAACAGAUGUCGCUUUAUGCAAAUCGGAUGGUUUUGGAUCGAUGACAUGCUCCCAUAAAAGAAAAGCAGCAAUAUACUGUGCUAUGUCCUCAUUUAAUCAGCAACAGUUUUGUAUAUCUUACAUGUUACAUUGUAAUAAAAGUAAUACCUGGCCAACUCCGGUACGAUUAGCUGGUGGUGGUGGCCCGUGGGAAGGACGGAUAGAGGUUUUUCACAACGGAGUGUGGGGAACUGUUUGUGACACAGGUUUUGGAAAUGAAGCAGCUGGCGUUGUGUGCAGAAUGUUAGGAUUUCUUGAUGGGAUGAACACAGCAAUACUCUACAAAAAUGCAUGGUUUGGUCAAGGAAAUGGAGUAUCAUUUGAUCUACAGACAGAAUGCUCAGGAAAAGAAUCAAAGAUUUUUUUUUGUCCUCUAAAGAAUACUUUCGGAAAACAAAAUUGUCAGCAUACUGAGGAUGUAGGUGUUCAGUGUGUAGCCACACCACUAGGUCAAUCAAAGGGCAAUGGUAGACUUGAAAUAAAGUAUAACGGAAAAUGGGGCACCGUGUGUUCAGAACAAUGGACAUCACAGAACUCAAAAGCCGUUUGCAGAAUGUUGGGUUACCAAAAUCGUACCAUUGAGACAAACACGAUACAAAGGAAUGGCACAGCCGUUGUUCUUGGAUCUUUAGACUGCCUUGGAGUUGAAAAUGAUAUCGGAUUCUGUAAAGGUGACCUCGAUAAGUCGCAAUGUAAUGAUGACAUCGUAAACAUUGACUGCUCAGGAGGAAUCGAAGUUAGACUUUCCGGGGGAUCGUCACCAGCUGAUGGUCGAAUCGAUAUAAAAGAGAAUGGACAAUGGGGAAGUCUGUGCGACAAGAAUUUUGGACUCUCAGAAUUACAAGUGCUAUGCAAUACGCUUGGGUACAGGGACACCCUACCCUACUUAUAUCACUUGCCUUCCUUAGAAAUGCAUCGGGCAACGUUUGGAAUUGAUCAGUUGACAUGCAGCGGAUUGGAAGAUCAUAUAGCUCAGUGUCAAAUUUCAAAAACAGCAUCCUGUCAUCAUCGUUAUGCUCAUUUGAAAUGUUUUGAUUGUGUACAACAGUAUUACUCUGCAACUGGUACGGUCAUGUCUGAUAACUAUCCUGGUCGUUAUAAUCCGAAUACGGAUUGUUUGUACAUCAUACAACCACCUCCAGGUCUUUACACACUUUCAGUUGAUGUCUUUCAAAUGGCGGACACAGGUGAUUUCCUCCAGAUAAAAGAUUCACCCUUUGGAAAGGAACUAGGAAAAUAUUCCGUGUCAUCAUAUAUCCCUGUGGCUUUAUCCAAUCAGUUUUGGAUAAGAUUCAAGACAAAUGGUCAGAAAUCAGCAAGAGGUUUCAAACUCCAUUGGUCUCCAUUUGAUUUCAAAGAUCUGUUGUCCCUGAACUGUGAAGUGAAUAGAUGGGGAGCAGCAAUCAACAUCACAUUAUUAAAAAUGGCAAACCUACAAGUCAAUUACUCUGACAUAUACAUGAUGGAUCCUGACUGUUAUGGACAAAUAGUUGGUGACACACUUCUGUUUAAUCAGCCUUAUAGUGAAUGUGGGUCAACCAAAAAUAUAUCCCAUUUCUACAUUACUUAUCAAAACAACAUAACAUUUAUAUCAGAGGGUGUUACACAUGACAUUCCUUUAGAGUGUAAACUUUUUAAGGACGACAGAAUCCUUCAUUACCAUCAGAUCGAUGGAAAUUUAGAAUUAGAUGAUGACAACGCAAAUGGCUCUGAAAAAAGUUUAUUUCAUGUCGACCUGUACUAUGAUUCUGAACUGACACAAACGGACGACAAACAGUUCAGCGGGAAAUUUGUGUACAGAAUAGCUGUAAAUGAGGACCACUACGAUCACUAUCUUUUGUUAACCCACUGCUAUCUUACUAUGAAGAAAGAUGGAUUGGAUGAAACAUUGUUAAUUGUGAAAAACUCGUAA